GGGGAGAGGCGGAGGCCCCUCUCCCGCGGCUUCCGGCGCUGCCCGGGCUUGCUCCGGGCGCAGGACCUCCCGCCCGCUUGACACGCACAGUGCCGCCCGCCGGUUGUCUGCCCGGACAGCGCCGGGGCCGGGGGUGCCUGUAGGGGUUCACGGGGCUUGGGGACGGCAAGGACCCCCGGGGAGGGAGGGAUGCGCCCCCCGUCCACCGUGCAGGGACGAGGAAAAGGGUUAUGGCUGGAGAGGCUGAGGAAGGGGACCCUGGGGGCAAUGCGAGAGGCAGCGCCAGGGGGAGGAGGCAGGAGAGAGUCCAGCCGAGGUGAGGGCUGCCCUGCACCUUUCUUCAUCCUCCCCUUCUAAGCCAUGUCUGCCUGGUCCCUCACUCCAUCAUCACCUGGACAAACAGCAAGGAGAGCAGAAGCUGUGGGCUGGUGCCAUGGCUCCUUGCUGGAGAUCACGUUCUCCUGAGGAAGCGGAAGGGCCCCUGGCUCCUCCACCUCUGCCCACCAGGAGAAGACCAGUGGCUGUAGUCUGUAGGUGUCCUCAGGGACAUUUCACCUCGUGUCCAUGACGUUCCACCAAUGUCCUGUUCAUUUCCCUGAGCGGAGGGACUUUGGGGGGGACUUUCACAGGUCUCCUCUGGUUUGCACCUUUUCCUGUGGGCCAGAGAAGCCGGUGUUCUUCACCCCUCACCAUUUUGAGUUUUGGGGGCUUUUUUGGACCCGUUUGGCCAGAGGAAGCAAAGAGAAAGCUCCAAAUGGCGUCAAGUAAAUCUCUUGAUCCUGAGCAGUGGUGUGUGCCUCAGAAUUGCAGGAUGGCAGAAAACAGCUGGAGCUUGUUCCUGCGACUGCUCUGUGCUCUGCAGGGCAGGGACAGCCCGAGGUCAUGGUGGAGCAGGCACUGGUCUCCAGCAGUGCUCCUGGUUUGCUGCUGUGAUGCUGUGGUCGCCUUUGGGUGGGUGGGAGGAAGGUGACAGCAGUGUCAGUGGGGCCAGCUGCUCCCAGGGGAGAUUUGGAUUUGAGCCUGGGAGGGGAGGAGCAUCCAUUGCACCUGUGGGUGCUGCCCAGGCUGGUGAGCGGUGGAUUCUGUGUGACGGGGUUGGUGGCCGGGCUACAAGUGCAGACCCGCUGUUGGGUGGGAGGUUGCAGCACGGCCAUGGGGCUGCAGGAGCUGCCCGGGUGCACGUCCCUGCUCUCUGCUCCGGCCACCCUCUCUGUUUCGCUGGGGCCGUGGAUGGACACCCCUUGCCACGUUCCCACCUGUGUUUUCACUGGCGCUUGGGUCUUGUGUGCUGCAGGACCUGCACGGGGAGACCUCCGAGCCCCUCCAUGUGCUCCUGACCGUAUGGUAGUGAAGAUGUCCAGCAGCGAUCCCGAGCGGCCCCAGUUCCUUUUUGUGAAGGUGUUGGCGAGCUGGGGGCGGCUGGAGGCAGUGACCCAGCAGAUGGGCUACCACCCACAGUACCUUGACAGCUUCCUCAAGAUGCAGCACUACCUGAUGCACAUGGAUGGGCCCCUGCCCUUUGACUGCCGGCACUACAUCGCCAUCAUGGCAGCCGCCCGGCACCAGUGCCGGUACCUGGUGAACCUGCACGUGCUGCAGUUCCUGCGUGCGGGGGGAGAUCCCCAGUGGCUGCGUGGCCUCGACUUCAUCCCCCCCAAACUCCGCAACCUCAACGAGAUCAACAAGAUCCUGGCACACCGGCCAUGGCUCAUCACCAAGGAGCACAUUGAGAAGCUGCUGAAGAUCAGCGAGUGGAGCUGGUCGCUGGCAGAGCUGGUGCACGCCGUUGUCCUCCUGGCCCACUGCCACGCACUCGCCAGCUUCGUGUUCGGCUGUGGCUGUGAGCAGGAUGAGGGGCCGGGGGGCCGGGGCGCACUGAAGCCCUUGUCCCCUGGGAACCAGUGCUUCUGUGAAGCCACCACCGGCAAUGGCUGCAGCCAGGAGUUGCUGCGCAUCAACCGCAAGCGGUCCCUGGACUCCUGCAUGGAGCUGGAUUCCCUCCGGGAACGCAUGCAGCGGAUCCACGUGGAGACAGAGGGCAGGGAGGAGACCAGGCUGUUGCAGCAGGACCGAGAGGAAGAUGCCGAUGGGGCAGUCACCAGCGCUGCCAACCUCGCGUGCUACAUGCAGGACCCCGACUUUGGGUACCAGGACUUUGCCCGGCGUGAUGAGGAUCAGACGCAGGUAUUCAGAGUCCAGGAUUACUCCUGGGAAGACCACGGCUUCUCGCUGGUCAACCGCCUCUACUCUGACAUCGGGCAUCUCCUGGAUGAGAAGUUUCGUAUGGUGGAUGGUCUGCAAAGCAGCACCAUGGCCAAGCGGCAAGGCUGUGAACCCUCCGUCUUCAAGCGAGGCAUCUGGAACUACAUCCACUGCAUGUUUGGCAUUAGGUACGAUGACUACGACUAUGCAGAAGUGAAUCAGCUCCUGGAGCGAGUGCUCAAAGUUUACAUUAAAACUGUAACCUGCUACCCAGAGAAGACAAACUCAGAAAUGUUUGACAGGUUCUGGAAGCAGUUCAAGCACAGUGAGAAGGUCCAUGUGAACUUGCUCAUCCUGGAAGCCCGGAUGCAGGCAGAGCUGCUGUACGCGUUGCAGGCCAUCACCCAGUACAUGGUCUCCUAGGCCGUGGGGGGCUGCGCUGCGGCAGGGCCAGGCAGCGUUCUCUCUCUGGACUCGCGCUGGGACGGAUGGCGAGAGAUUGCUCAAAUUAGUUUACUUGACUGUCUUGUUCCCUUUUCCUCCCUUGUGGGGUUCACUGAGUGGCCCCGUUACGUGCAAUUACCAAACUGUGAGGCAAGUCCGUGCUGCUGAGAUGUUGGUGUGAUCCUGGAGACUUGACCAUGGCCGAGGAAGACUGCCAAAGACACAGGGCAGAGGGAGGCGGGAGGGGACUGGGGCUGCUUCAGGAGCAGGAGCUCCUCGCCCGGGCGCUGCAGGAGCUGUGGCCAAGGGCAGGGAGGGCAGAGCUGCUCCCCCUGUGCUGCUCAUGAGCCACCCCUGGCACGGUGCAGCUGCAGGGUCAGGCAGGGGGGAGCAGCCCGGGGUAGGAAGGGGCUGUGCUGGCUGCCUGUGCAUCCUGCCCUUGAGGUCUAUGUGCCAGACCCCUCUGGGAUAGAUGAGUGAACUCCAAACUGUGAAGUUCUUGCUGGCACUGGUGCCCUCGUGCUCUGCCUUUGCUGGUGGUGGGGUGAGAAGGUCUCUGACAGUGCUCAGGCUCUGGAGAUCGCUGCAGGAGGCUUUGGGCAGUUCUUGGGAGGGAAGCUUGCCUCAAAGCCCCUCCUCUACCCACCAUCAGCAGAGGGGCUGCAGGAACGAGGGAGGCUUCUGAGUUAACGUGACAUGUAUGUGCUUACCACCAUGGGAAGGCUGAAGUCCGAUGCCUGGUCACUUGCUGUUUACCAGCGUGGUGCAGGAGCACGGUGGGAGCUGUGGGAAGCGUCUCCUUGACCCUGGGCUGGGGGGGGCUCCCUGAGCUGGUGCCAUCCCCGUGUGAAUGGGGGUAGCCCCUGCCCCAGCCUCACCCUCUGCCCAUGGGCAUGACUGUGCACCCGCCCCCCCACCGCCACUGCUCCCCACUCGUGCCACAGCCCUGCAGUGGGAGGGUUGGGGGGUCCAGCGUGGAGAGCAGCCAUGACGGCGGGCAAGGCCAUGGGGGAGCUGGAGGCCCGUGCACGCUGCUGCCCUUGACCUGUUUACUGCGUAAAUGUAGGGGGAGAAAACCUUGUGUAUGGAAGCUACAGAAAAAAAGCCUAUUUUUGCUAUAAAUACAUUAUGUUUGACAUGG